ACACUAAAGUGAAUGUUGUCGGACACAACCCGGUUGAACUGACCCGACCGGCUUGUUUUCUUCAAAACCCAAGAAAAGCCCUCGUAGCGAAGAAUUUCUGAGAAGCAGCAAAACACGAAGAAGAAAGAGUUAAAUCACUCUCCGAAAUCGAAUCAUGUACGGUGGUGAUGAAGUAUCAGCAAUUGUGAUAGAUUUGGGUAGCCAUACUUGCAAAGCUGGUUACGCCGGUGAAGAUGCUCCCAAAGCCGUUUUCCCAUCGGCUGUUGGAUCGGUUGAUGAAAUGGAAGUUGAUAAUCCUGAUAAUCCGGAGGAUAAUUCUGGAUCUGCUCCUGACCUUAAAUCAAAGGGUAAGCGGAAAUUGUAUGUGGGAUCUCAAGCCUUGGGAUUUCGCCGUGAUCACAUGGAGGUGAUAUCACCCAUCAGGGAUGGGACGGUUGUGGACUGGGAUAUUGUAGAAAACAUAUGGGACCAUGCUUUUAGGGAAUGCUUACUGAUCGAUCCAAAGGAGCAUCCAAUGCUACUUGCAGAGCCUUGUUCAAACACUCAGCAGCAGAGGGAAAAGGCUGCAGAGAUAAUGUUUGAAAAAUACCAAGUUCCAGCAUUGUUUUUGGCCAAAAAUGCUGUUCUCACAUCUUUCGCAUCAGGACGUGCAACUUCUUUGGUUGUUGACAGUGGUGGAGGAUUGACUACUGUUGCUCCGGUUCAUGAUGGAUACGUUCUUCAAAAGGCGGUUUGUACAUCUCCUAUUGGGGGAGGAAUUCUUACUGACUGCUUGAUAAAAAGUUUGGAACAGAAAGGCAUUACGAUAAAACCUAGGUAUUCAUUCAAGCGGAAGGAGAUCCGUCCAGGAGAAUUUCAGACAGUGGACCUUGAUUUCCCUGAUACAACAGAGAGUUACAAGCUGUAUUGUCAGAGAGCGAUUGCCAGUGACAUAAAAGAAUGCGUCUCCCGAGCCCCAGAUACUCCAUAUGAUGACAGUUCAUAUUCGAACAUUCCAACGACAUCUUAUGAGCUACCUGACGGGCAGACGAUAGAAGUCGGAGCGGAUAGAUUCAAGAUUCCUGAUAUUCUAUUCAAUCCAUCAUUGGUUCAGACUAUUCCCGGUAUGGAAAGUUUUGCUGAAACUGCUGCUUCCCUUCGUGGUCUACCACAAAUGGUUAUAGAUAGCAUAAACAAGUGCGAUGUGGAUAUUCGGAGAGAGCUUUUUAGCAGUAUAUUGCUUGCUGGGGGAACAUCAUCGAUGCAACAACUCAAAGAACGUCUGGAGAAGGACUUGCUAGAGGAGUCUCCUCAGGCAGCGAGAGUCAAAGUACUGGCUAGUGGAAAUGCUACAGAAAGGAGAUUCAGUGUUUGGAUAGGGGGCAGCAUAUUGGCAUCUCUUGGUUCCUUUCAACAAAUGUGGUUUUCAAAGUCCGAGUACGAAGAGCAUGGGGCAUCUUACGUUCAAAGAAAAUGCCCUUAAGAAAUACGAUUUAGCUGUUAUAUUUUGCGGUUAACACUCUAUUUAUUGAACUAGCAUCAAAGAAAGGCUGUUUUCCCAGACUUACCUGCUCAGUUCAUGUCUUGUAUUAUUAGGAAUCUGUAUCAGUGGAUGUCAUUAUUCUGCAAUGCACUAUGUACAUCCAUAUCGAACUAGCAUCGAUGUCUUGAUGUAAUAUAAAUCAGCGACUUGCUAUUUAAGAUUUUUAGUGAAAAUGCUAGAUUAAACACCCUACAAACAAUGACGAAAGUAAUAUGUGCUAAUUGAUAAGAACCUUCUUUGACAAUUAA